AUGGAAACAAACUUCACAGAAGUCUGUAUACUUGUCGUUCUAUAUGCCAUUGUGGUUCUGGCUGGUUUACCUGGAAACGUUCUCUUUAUUGCCGUGGUAAAACGAACUCGUUCAAUGCAUACAACGACAAACUUCAUUCUCGGAAACAUCGCUGUUGCCGAUGUAAUCACUCUUCUGUUUUGCUUUCCUGGGGUGCUGUUGCAGUUUGCAGUGGACCAUCAUCCAAGAAACGCCUUUGGAAGUUUUCUUUGCAAGUUUGUCACUAUGCAUCAAAUUGCUGGUGUAACUUUGUUAGUGUCUGGCCUAAGUUUGACACUGAUAUCCAUCGAGAGACAUAACGCUCUGCUUCAGCCAAUGAAUACUAAGCUUCGCCUACGAAAGAAACAACUUUAUUUAGCUGUUAGUCUAAUCUGGAUUUUCUCAAUCGCCUUUGUUUUGCCCCUGUUUGUCGAACAGAAAUACGUCGAUGAAGUAAAGAGCUGCCACAUGGACUGGAAACCCCCCGUUUCGAAGGCUUACUGGGGAUCUUUGGCAGGAUUCACUCUCCUUUCGUGGCUUGUAAUGUUCGUUUGUUAUUUUCGCAUUGUUAGUGGAAUCUUGCGCGGGGACAUUUUAUCAUCCAGCCCAAAUCAAGGCGAAAACGUCAAAGAAAAGGAUAUCCAAAGCAAGAAAAAGAUUGUCAAACUUUUGAUAACUAUCACCAUUUUAUUUAUUGUUUGUUUUUUGCCGUUCGCUUUAGUCUCAGCCAUAAAUGUUUCAUCACACAGUUUGUUUUACAAAGUUUCCUAUUUCUUGGUGUACUGUAGCUGUUCUCUAAAUCCAGUGGUUUACGCAUUUCAAAGUUCAAACUACAGAACAGGCAUAAGGUGUCUCUGUGCUAAGAGACAAACAAUCCAUAUUGUGAAUUCUGGGAACGAUGUCUUAACUAGGUAG